GGGGGGGGAGCGGGGGGUGGGGGGGGACCUAGAAGUAGAGUUGGAAGCGAGGGAGCUUCACCCCCGGGGCGGUGGUGGUUUCUUUUUUCUCUUUUUUCCUUUUCCUUUUUUUUUUUUUUCUUCCUUCUAAUUCCUGAGGGGUGGCUGCUGCCGGUGCUACAUGACUUGCCAGCGCCGGAGCCUGCGGUCCAACUGCGCUGCCGCCGCCGGAGCGCUCGGUGCCGCCGCCGCCCGCGCCGCCCGCGCCCCGCUCCACACCCACCGGUCGCCGCCGCCCGCCGCGCCGCUGCCCCGCUCCCGCUCCCGCUCCCGCGCCGCCGCCGCCGCCGCCGCCCCUCGACGACCGGGUGAUGCUGGACAUGGGAGAUAGGAAAGAGGUGAAAAUGAUCCCCAAGUCCUCGUUCAGCAUCAACAGCCUGGUGCCGGAGGCGGUCCAGAACGACAACCACCACGCGAGCCACGGCCCCCACAACAGCCACCACCCCCAGCACCACCACCACCACCACCACCACCAUCACCACCACCCGCCGCCCCAGGCGCCGCCGCCGCCGCCGCCGCCGCAGCAGCAGCAGCCCCCGCCGCCCCAGGCGCCGCAGCCCCCCCAGGCGCGGGCCGGCCCGGGGCCCGACGAGGACAAGGGCCCGCAGCCGCUGCUGCUCCCGCCGCCGCCGCCCGCCGCCGCCGCCGCCCUGGACGGCGCCAAAGCGGACGGCGGCCUGGGCGGCAAGGGCGAGGCGGGCGGCGGCGGGCCCGGGGAGCUGGCGGCCGCGGUCGGGCCGGACGAGAAGGAGAAGGGCGCGGGCGGCGGCGCGGGGGAGGACAAGAAGGGGGCGGGCGAGGGCGGCAAGGACGGGGAGGGGGGCAAGGAGGGCGACAAGAAGAACGGCAAGUACGAGAAGCCGCCCUUCAGCUACAACGCGCUCAUCAUGAUGGCCAUCCGCCAGAGCCCCGAGAAGCGGCUCACGCUCAACGGCAUCUACGAGUUCAUCAUGAAGAACUUCCCCUACUACCGGGAGAACAAGCAGGGCUGGCAGAACUCCAUCCGCCACAACCUGUCCCUCAACAAGUGCUUCGUGAAGGUGCCGCGCCACUACGACGACCCGGGCAAGGGCAACUACUGGAUGCUGGACCCGUCGAGCGACGACGUGUUCAUCGGCGGCACCACGGGCAAGCUGCGCCGCCGCUCCACCACGUCGCGGGCCAAGCUGGCCUUCAAGCGCGGCGCGCGCCUCGCCUCCACCGGCCUCACCUUCAUGGACCGCGCCGGCUCCCUCUACUGGCCCAUGUCGCCCUUCCUGUCGCUGCACCACCCGCGCGCCGGCGGCACGCUGGGCUACAACGGCGCCGCGUCGGCCUACCCGAGCCACCCGAUGCCCUACAGCUCGGUGCUGACGCAGAACUCGCUGGGCAACAACCACUCCUUCUCCACGGCCAACGGCCUGAGCGUGGACCGGCUGGUCAACGGCGAGAUCCCCUACGCCACGCACCACCUCACGGCCGCCGCCGCGCUCGCCGCCUCCGUGCCCUGCGGCCUGUCGGUGCCCUGCUCCGGGACCUACUCGCUCAACCCCUGCUCCGUCAACCUGCUGGCGGGCCAGACCAGUUACUUCUUCCCCCACGUCCCGCACCCGUCCAUGAGCUCCUCGCAGAGCGCGGGCGCGUCCAUGGGCGCGCGCGCCGCGUCCGCGUCCACGUCGCCGCAGGCGCCCUCCACGCUGCCCUGCGAGUCCUUGAGACCCUCUCUGCCCAGCUUCACGACGGGACUGUCCGGGGGACUGUCUGAUUAUUUCACACACCAGAACCAGGGCUCUUCCUCCAACCCUCUAAUACAUUAACCUCCCUGGGACCAGACUGUAAGUGAACGUUUUACACACAUUUGCAUUGUAAAUGAUAAUUAAAAAAAAAAUAAGUCCAGGUAUUUUUUAUUAAGCCGCCCCCCUUCCCUCCCUUCUUCCCUCCCCCCCCCCCCAGCCAUUUCUGUACGUUUGUUCAGUCUUUAGGGUUGUUUAUUCUUCUAACAAGGUGUGGAGUGUCAGCGAGGUGCAAUGUGGGGAGAAUACGUUGUAGAAUAUAAAGUCUGGGAGUCAAAAUUAUAGUAGCACGUGUAUCUAAAUAGUGACUGCUUUUGCCAUUUCAUUCAAACCCGACAAGUCUGAAGAGCCGCCAGAUUUCCAUGUGUGCAGUAUUAUAAGUUAUCAUGGAUCUAAAUGGUGGCCGCAGACCUUGAGAACAACCUAAAUUAUGGGGAGAGUUUUUUUUUUUUAAAUGUUAAACUGUAAUUUGUAUUUAAGAAGCAUUCGUAGUAAAGGUGCCCAAGAGAUUAUUUUGGCCGUUUAUUGUUUUGUCCUUUUCUUUUAAAAAACUUUUUUUUCUUUUGUUUACUUUUAGACCAAAGAUUGGGUUCUAGAAAAUGCACUUGGUAUACUAAGUAUUAAAAAAAAAUGAAAGUUGUUUCAGUUGGCAGCACUGCCCAUUCAAAUGAAUUGGAAGGGGACAAAAUUAACGAUUGCCUUCAGUUUGUGUUGUGUAUAUUUUGAUGUAUGUGGUCACUAACAGGUCACUUUUAUUUUUUCUAAAUGUAGUGAAAUGUUAAUACCUAUUGUACUUAUAGGUAAACCUUGCAAAUAUGUAACCUGUGUUGCGCAAAUGCCGCAAAAUUUGAGUGAUUGUUAAUGUUGUCUUAAAAUUUGAUUGUGAUACUGUGGUCAUAUGCCCGUGUUUGUCACUUACAAAAAUGUUUACUAUGAACACACAGAAAUAAAAAAAUAGGCUAAAUUCAUAUAUAACUUGAUACUUUUGUCUCUUUUAUUAAGUAGAGCUGAGUUCUAGAGAAUUCAAAGGCUUUUUUAGCCAAGUAAAAUGUAAACGCUCCUUUCAUUUGAACUGAGACUUUAAAUGAAAAGAGUAUUUUUUUUCCAUUAUGGAAUCAAAUUUUACAAAGGAGCAGGCUAUUUAAUAAACACUAGCUUUAAACAAAGUAUAGGCUUUUCAGCUGAUAUUUUAAAGUUUCUGUAGAUGUACUCAAAAAGAGAUAAUUUACUGUGCAUAGUUAUUUACCCUGUGUUUAUUUUCAAAUCAGGCAAUAGAAUGCUUUUUAUAUAUUUUGUUUCAGGUAUCUUGUUUAUACCACUUGGCAAACUAUAAAUAAAUGUAUGUGGUUAGAUCGAAGUGAAUAUAAUGCUCACAAUAUGUAAUAUAUAUAGACACACAGAGCCCUUCAGUUCAGGUAAAAUUUGCACUAUGAAUGCUGCAAAUAUUUUUGUUUAAAUAUUUGUAUUUAUACUAAGCCAGCAUUUAUUUUGGUCGUUGUUUACUCACGAUGAAAGAGUUCUAAUAAAGAUGUGCUGAAGUUGCAAUAUAGAUUUUGCUGAAGUGCU